UGUACGAUAUUCUGCAUUUGGAAGUUUCUGAGGUGGAAUCUGGUUAGAUUUGGGAGUUUUGACCUUUUCUGGAGGAGCAUACUACUUUAGCUUUUCUUUUCUACUUUACUGGACUAUAUUUACUAGAUUAAACGUGGCAUUUCCUUUUGGAUUGUCCUUCCACCGUAUUCCAGUCCCCAAAGUUGCUUUGCUUUGGUUAUAGUGAUUGAAUCUGAGAGAUAGUCGGGGAGUGUUUGUUUGGUUUUCUCAUCUCUUGUUGGUGAGCAGUUGAUUUUUUAAUAAUGUCAAGAAUUGCUAAGUGGAAGCUUGAGAAGACAAAAGUAAAAGUGGUUUUCCGGCUACAAUUCCAUGCCACACAUAUCCCGCAAACUGGAUGGGAUAAAUUGUUUAUCUCUUUCAUUCCUGCUGACUCUGGGAAGGCAACAGCGAAGACAACUAAAGCAAAUGUCAGAAAUGGGACUUGCAAAUGGGCAGAUCCCAUUUAUGAGACUACAAGACUUCUCCAAGAUGCCAAAACCAAACAGUAUGAUGAAAAGAUGUAUAAGCUUGUCAUGGCUAUGGGGUCUUCUCGAUCUAGCCUCCUUGGUGAGGCUUACAUCAACCUUGCUGAUUUUGCAGAUGCAUCCAAGCCUUCUACUGUUGCAUUGCCUCUUCAAGGGUGCAGCCAUGGAACUGUUUUGCAUGUUACAGUCCAGCUGCUCACUUCCAAAACUGGGUUCAGAGAAUUUGAGCAGGAGAGGGAGCUAAGAGAGAAGGGGUUGCAGCUGACUAGCAACCAGACUAUUCAUGAGAAACCUGCUCAAAAGUUACCUGCAUCCGUAGAGAUGGCAAAUGAUCAGAUAGAUAAGGUUAACUCAAGAGUUGGAUUCAACUCAGAAUCCAGAGGGCUUCCUUCCCUUGGAGAGGAGAUGGAAUUGAAUGAAGAGAAUGCAGACUCAGCCAUUGGAAUUGAUGGCUCAUCCUAUACUUCAGAAAAUUUAUAUGCUGAAAAGCAUGAUACCUCUAGCACACAUGAAAUGGAUAACAUAAAGAGUACAACAUCUGCUGAUUUAUGUGGACCUCCCUUUGAUCAAAGCCCUCAGCCUGAGAGAGGGGACCAAUCUGAUAAUCAAGACUUGGCACAGAGGAGCAGUAACUGGGUUCAUGGCUGGAAUCCAGACUAUUCUAUGGAUAAUGACUUGGCAAAUGAUUACGAAGAGAAUAAUAGACUCAGAGGAAGUCUAAAGGUGGCUGAAUCUUCUAUCUUAGAGCUUAAGCAGGAAAUAACCUCUUUACAAAGUCAUGCUGAUGAAUUUGGUGCUGAAACACAAAAGUUUUCCCAGCAACUUGCUGCUGAGAUUGCUUCAGGAGAAAAGUUGGCUAAAGAAGUUUCUAUUCUGAAAUUAGAGUGUUUGAAGUUAAAAGAUGACUUUGAACAACUAAAACAUUCUGGAUUAGAUUCUCAUCUUACAAAGAAGGAAGUGAUUGAGAAAGACUGGGAGAGCUUAUACCAGGACCUACAGGUCAGAUGGUCGAAGGGUCUUUUGAUUAUGGAGGAUAAAGUAAGGGAACUCCAAAACAAGGCAUGCCUCAGAUGUCAUGAGAGGGACUUCAGGUUCCUUCACUCUGAUUUUCAGGCACUUCAAUGCAUCUUGCAGGACCUUAGACAAGGAACAACAGAGGUAAUUUCUGUAUUGGGUAUAGUACCAGGUGAAAGAGCUGAUGUAAAGGAGAUUGAACCAAUAAGCAUACAGAAACAUGAACAAUCUGUUCCGGGGGAAAAGUUGGAUGGCUUUGGUUUAGAUCAGUAUCGUUCUGAAGAUAUACCUUGUUGCCUAAGAAGGCCAAUGGAGUUUCCUGAGGAGCAUGAUACCAUUGAUUCCAUCCCUGUGUUGAAAGGCAAAAUUUCUGAUCUUCUUAGGGAGUUGGAAGAAUCCAAGGCUGAAAGAGAAAACCUCACAACAAAAAUGGACCAGAUGGAAUGCUACUAUGAAGCUCUAGUCCAGGAGCUUGAGGAGAGUCAGAAGCAGAUGCUGGGAGAGCUGCAGAGCCUCAGGAAUGAGCAUGCCAGUUGCUUGUAUACAAUUUCUUCUUGCAAAGCUCAGAUGGAAGUGAUGCACCAAGACAUGAAUGAACAGUUCUUAAGAUCUGCUGAGGACAGGCAUAACUUAGAAUCCCUGAAUAAGGAACUUGAGAGAAGGGCUAUCACCUCAGAAACAGCACUGAAAAGAGCUCGUUGGAGUUAUUCUACUGCAGUGGAUCAAUUGCAGAAGGACCUUGAGCUUCUUUCUUACCAAGUGUUAUCCAUGUUUGAGACUAAUGAGAACCUGAUUAGUCAAGCUUUUGCAGAAUCUUCCCAACCAUGUUUUGAGGAGUUUCUGGAAACUGGGCAGCGGGCCAAUGCAUUAUUGCAGGAGCAGUAUAAAACAGGUGUGCAACGAAGUCAAGGAAUGGUACAUAUAUCUCAGAAAGCUGAGAAAGAGUUGGCUUUGGGUCAAGUGCCUCCAUUUCACAAUGUUCUUGUGGAAGACGAGAAGAGUUUUUCAUUACAUGCUAAUAUAGUUGGAGAGGUGCAGAGAAGCUCAGAUGCUCUGGAUUCCUUCAGUUGUCCAAAGACUGAACAUCCUCUGACCAAGCUUAGUUGUGAGGAAUCUUAUUCUGCUGAACUUUUUCAGUGCCAGAACCAGAAUGCAGAGCUAGAGAAACAACUCUUGGAUGGAGAGAUUCUUUUCAAGGACUUGAGAAGGUCACUUCACUUGCAAGAAGAGCUCUAUCGGAAGGCUGAGUUUGAACUUUACGAAAUGCAUGUUGCAAACAUACAUUUGGAUGUCUACUCAAAAGUUCUGCAAGAAGCAUUGCAUGAAGCAUGUAGUGGCAUUACACUCAUGAAAGAGAGAAUGGAUGCAUUGGCAGAACAGCUUGACAAAUCAACUCAAUCAAAGGAGUUAUUGAUGCUUAGACUGCAGAGUGCAUUGGAUGAUGUGAAAUCACUGAAUGAGUGCAAGCUAAAUUGCAUUGCCAAGUGUGAUGACUUAGGCUUGCAAAAUAACAUUCUUGAAGCAAAACUGGAAUCUAUUUCCAAUGAGAACUUUCUUCUUUCUGAAAAGAUUGCAGAAUGUGAAAAGUUAAUGGUGGAAUACGGAAGCUACAAGAACAAAUAUAUCACUUGCUCUGCAGAAAAAACAGAACUUGCUAAUUUACUGAAACAGGAAACCGUGGAAAAGUAUAAUCUUCAGAAUGAAGUUAGCACUGUGCAUGCAGAGUUGAAAACCAUAAAGUCCAAAUUUGAUAAACUGGGCUCUGAGAGGGAUAAUCUGGAGAUAACCAUCAAUUUUCUGCAAGAUAAGUUGAGAAGUUUGAUGUCAACCAUGUUAUCUUACAAUGAACAGCUUAAUGGACAGACUAUUCAAGGUAAAUCACUGCAACAAGAGUUGGAGAACAAUGACUUCAUCAAUAUUAUCUUGCAUUUGGACGAGCUUCAAAAGAAAACAUACGAAACAAUUCUUCAGCUCAUCCAAGAUAAGAAGGAUCUAGAGGAAGAAAGAGACAUUGCUCAAAGGUCACUAAACCAGAAAGAUUCAGAUAUCCUGAUCAUGAAACAGAAAUUUGAAUUAGAUAUCCAGGACAUGGUGACGAAAUUAGAUUUGUCCAAUCUCAAUGUUGAAAAUCUUCAGCUUCAAUUCAAAGAUAUUGCUAAUAAACUUGAGGUUAGUUCAGGAUCUGAAGAAAAAUAUGCUGCAGAGAACAGGGACCUUUCAUCAAAAAUUGCUGAUUUGGAAAUUCAGCUGGAACAUGUUACUACUGAAAACAAGAAUCUUGUGACAAAGAUUCUUAAGCUUAGCCAAGAGAAGCAAGAUGCAGAAGCAGAAAAAGACAUUACUCGAGAGUCACUAGGCAGCAAAGAGUCAGAAAUUCUGAAUAUGAAAAAGAAGUUUGGAUCUGAUGUACAAGACAUGGUGAUGAAACUACAUUUGUCCAAUGCUCAUGUGGACAAGCUUCAGCUUGAACUUGAAGAUACCAUUAACAAACUCAAUAUUAGUUCUCAGGCUGAAGAAAAAUAUGCAGAGCAGAACAGAGGACUCGUAUCAAAAAUUGAAAGUUUGGAAAUUCAGUUAGAACAUGUCAGUACUGAAAACGGGAACCUUGAAACUAAAAUUCUUCAGGUAAGCCAAGAGAAGAAGGAUGCUGAGGAAGGAAGAGACAUUGCUCAAAGGUCACUAAGUGCCAAAGAUUCUGAACUUAUGAUUAUGAGAAAGAAGUUAGAGUUUGAAGUACAAGAUAUGUUAUCAAAACUACAUUUAUCUAAUGCCCUUGCAGAAGAGCUUCAGCUUGAACUUGAUACUUCUAGACAACUCAAAGUCAAUUCAGUGGCUGAAGAAAAAUAUGCAGAGCAGAACAGAGGACUCGUAUCAAAAAUUGAAGAUUUGGAAAUUCAGCUGGAAUGUGUUAAAAGUGAAAACAGGAAUCUUGUAACAAAGAUUUUUCAGCUCAACCAAGAGAAGGAUGCAGAGGAAGAGAGAGACAUUGUUCGAGGGUUGUUAAGCUGCAAAGAUUCAGAAAUUCUGAUAAUAAAACAGAAGUUUGAAUCUGAUGUACAAGACAUGGUAUCAAAAUUAGAUAUGUUUAAUGCCCAUGUUGAAAAUCUGCAGCUUCAACUAGAACAUAUUGCUAAUAAACUAAACAUUAAUUCAGGAGCGGAAGAAAAAUAUUCAGAGCAGAGCAGAGAACUCUUAUCAAAAUUUGCAGAUUUGGAAAUUCAGCUGGAACAUGUUGCUAGUGAAAAUAGGAAUCUUGCAAGAAAGAUCCUGGUCUUUGAGAGCACUGCAGAGUCUGAAAUUUUUAUGAUGAGACAAAAGUUUGAAGCUGAUGUACAAGAUAUGGUCACUAAACUAGGUUUGUCUGAUGCUCAUUUAGAAAAGCUUCAGCUAGCACUAGAAGAUAUUUCCAAGAAACUUAAGGUUAGCUCAAUAGCUGAUGAAAAGUUUGCGGAACAGAAUAAUGAGCUCCUAUCAAAAUUUGCAAUGAUGGAAGUGGAGCUGCAACAGGUUACUGCUGACUACAGAAGCAUUGUUCAAAGGGCGUUGGUUUUGGAGAGCAUAAAUGAGGAACUUGAAAGGACUAAAUUGAUUAUCACUGAACUGAAGCAGGAAAACCAAACUUUGAUCAUGUCUUUACAGUCUAGUAACGAGGAUUGUGUCAAGCUGGGUGUUGAGCUUAGUACUGUAAAAGAAAGUUUAAGAAGUGUACAAGAUAAAUUGCAUGUUGAGAGAGGCCUCAGAGCUGAAUUGGAGGCUACAGUUAUGGAUCUUACCUCCCAGUUGAAAGAGAACCAUGACCAGCUGUUCUCAUUUAAUGAGCAGAAAGCUGAGCUGAUCCAAAUCAAGCAACUAGUAUCAGAUCUGGAACUAGAAAAAUCAAGAGUCUGCCAUCGUUUAUUUACCAGCGAGGAAUUUGCUUCAUCGCUUCAACUCCAAGUUAUAGAUUUGGAAAACCACUUGACAGAGAUGCAUGAAUGUUUAUUAGCUGCAGAUCUCAAAUCCAUUUUCACAAGAAAUCAGUUCCAAACUAGGAUGGAGGAGCUUGCUCAACAAGUUCUGUCUUUGGAUGCUUGCCAUGAGGAGCUUUUUAUGAAGCACUUUGAUGUGCUUGCUGCUCUGAAUAAACAUGUUGCUAGUGAAGCACAAUGUGUUGAAGAAAAUGCAAGAUUGCUGACAACUGUCAACUCAAUGAAAUCUGAGUUGGAAGACUCUGCUUUUGAGAAAAGGACACUUAAGGAUGAAAACAGAGCUUUGCUUAUUGAACUUGAGAAGUGUAAGACUGAGGCAGCAAUUGCAAAAAUUAGUGAUAUUGAAGAUAUCCAUUGGUAUAAGAUUGAGGUUGAACAGUUGAAAUGCAUGCUGGUGAAUUCUGAAGAAGAGAUUGAUAAUCUAACUGCCUCAAGGUAUGAACUCGAAAUUGCAAUUAUUGCACUUAGAGCCAAAUUAGAUGAGCAACAUGGUCAGAUAUCCUUACUUGAGGAAUAUGGUAAUGAAGUGACAAUGCUACGGAACAAAUGCAAUGAGCUUGCACAUAAGCUCUCUGAACAAAUUUUGAGGGCAGAAGAGUUCAAGAACCUGUCAAUUCAUUUGAAAGAGCUUAAAGAUCAGGUUGACACAGAGUCUCUCCAAGCUCGUGAAAAAAGAGAAACUGAAGCAUCUUCAAUUGCUGCACAAGAGUCCUUGAGAAUUGCUUUUAUUAGAGAACAAUGUGAGACAAAGCUGCAAGAACUGAAAAGCCAGCUUUAUAUUUCCAAAAAGCAUGGGGAGGAGAUGCUGUUGAAAUUGCAGGAUGCUCUUGAUGAGGUGGAGACUCGGAAGAAAAGUGAAGUCUUUCAUAUAAAGAGAAAUGAGGAGCUGUCACUGAAGAUCUUGGAAUUGGAGACUGAGUUGAAGAUAGUAAUCUCUGAUAAGCGAGAAAAAGUCAAGGCUUAUGACGAAAUGAAGGCUGAACUAGAAUGCUCAUUAAUAAGCCUUGACUGUUGCAAAGAAGAAAAAGAAAAGGUUGAAGCUUCUUUACAAGAAUGUAACGAGGAAAGAACUAGAAUUGCUGUUGAGCUUAGAUUAAUGAAAGAACAGAUGGAGAAUUCUGUUUCUUGUAUAAAUGCUCAAGAAGGAAAUUUUGGUUUAGGUACUCCAAGACACAUGAUCACUGAGCAAGUUACAGAAAAGUUUCAACAAGAACCACCAGUUGCAGGUAUUCUGAGCUAUGAGAGGGAUGCAAUAGACAUGUUUCCUGCAAAUGAGAAAACCAGGAGCCAUCACCCAAAAUCCUCAGACAAAAAUAGCCUGUUUCCUUGUGAACAAGUAGAAGAUUCAUGUACGGUUCCCAGUGAUGAAAGUAAUCAUUCAAGUGAGCAGAUGAAAUUGCCAACUGUUCAGGAUGGCUCCAAAAGUAUGAUUGGGCAUUCAAGGAAAGUAAUUGUAAAUGAAGAGGACCUGAUUCAAAAUAGUGCAAUGGGUUUGGCUAUUCUAAACGAUCAUUUCAAAGCCAAAAGUUUAAAGUCUACCAUGGAUCUCCUACAUAAAGAGCUGGAAAGGAUGAGGAAUGAGAACUUAGCUCCUUUAUCAAAAGAUGAUCAUAUUGACCCAGAUUUUCAGGGGUUACAAAGAGAACUACUGCAACUACAAGAAGCAAAUGAACAAUUAGGGAGCAUGUUCCCUUUAUUUAAUGAAAUUUCCGGCAGUGGGAAUGCAUUAGAAAGAGUACUUGCACUGGAAAUUGAGCUUGCAGAAGCAUUACAGGCAAAGAAGAAAUCAAACCUCCAUUUUCAGAGCUCCUUCCUGAAACAACACAGGGACGAGGAAGCCAUAUUUAAAAGCUUCAGAGAUAUAAACGAGCUGAUCAAAGACAUGCUGGAACUGAAAGGGAGGUACACAUCUGUGGAGUCUGAAUUGAAAGAAAUGCAUGGCCGUUACUCUCAACUAAGCCUUCAGUUUGCAGAAGUGGAAGGAGAGAGACAAAAACUAUUGAUGACCCUCAAGAACAGAGUUCCCAGGAAGAAAUUGCCAUUAAUCCGUUCCACGUCAGCUAGUCUUGAGGAACACCAGUACUAGCAAUGUAUACACUUUUCCUGGCUUUUGCCCCAGAAGUUGCCUUUUUUUCUGGCUAGAGAUAUUCACAUGUUCCCUGCUUUUCUGAGAUACACCAAUGUGCUUCUGAGCGCCUGUAAAUAGGACAUCACACCUCUAGAUGUCAAGGUAGAGUUACAAUCUUUCAUAAUUUCAUUAUGUAAAUAAUAAAUGCCGCCAAAAAAAACCAAUUUUCAUGGUUGGUUUCAAAAUCAGUUUUAAGAUCCCUGUAACAUGCUUACUUGUUCAUAACUGGGUGUGUAAUUCAUUCUGAUGUAUAGUAAAUCAAAUUCUUUCAGCCA